UUUACCGAAGCAAACUGCCAUAUUUUUCUCCAAAGAGUCGCUGAGUGGGUUUGAACCUUAUGUAAAAAAAAUAGGUGCUCCAUAAAUGGUUCUUGAAUGAAUGAAAGAAGGAGUACAUGUUAGAAUUUAAAAUGUUAAAUCUGGAGAAUAAGAGAAUGUUAGAAAGUGAGGCCCAAGGAUGGCGCCCAGCACAAGGCACCCAGCUCUGAACUUGACUCAGGGACGGAAAGGGGGUGCAGGGUCCCAGUUCCCGACUCGGUCAGGACCCCAGGAAUAGAGGCCGCUGGUGACCAUGGGGGUGUACGCCCCACAACACCUCCUCAGUGUUCCAGGUCAGCUGACGUCAUGGACACCCGCUACCUCCUUGCUGUGUUCUUUAUACUCCUGGUGUUGGGACUUGAAGUUCAAGGGGACCUCAGACCCCAGGCAGAAGAGGCCGACGGUUCGACCUUCCUCACCUGGGUGCAGAAAUCCCUCCGCAGGUACUGGGAUGCAGCCAAGACUACCGCAGAAGGCCUAUACCAGAAGACCGCCCUGCCCACUGUAAACGAGAAAAUCGGGGACAUGUACACCAAGUGCACGUCAGCUGCGACUACCUACUUGGGGAUUUUGACUGACCAGAUCGUUUCUAUUGUGAAGGGAGAGGAGUAA